CAUAAUGGCGACUGUCUGCUGCAAGAGCAGCGAGGAGAAAGGCCCACAUCAUCGACCAGAGGAGCUCUGAAGAACCCUUUUGUGGGUAACGUCUCUAAAUAUGUUCCCCUUCCACCGUCAGAGCAGAGAGCGGGCGUGAAGAAGGGGCGACUGCAGUUCGACGCAUGCUUCGAGAGCGGCAACCUUGGAAGAGCGGACUACGUUAGCGACUACGAGUACGACCUCUUUAUAAGACCGGACACAUGCAAUCCCAAGUUUAGAGUGUGGUUCAAUUUCGCGGUGAGCAACGUCCGCUCGGAGCAGCGAGUCAUCUUCAACAUCGUCAAUUUCAACAAGACCAAGAGCCUGUACAGAGACGGCAUGAGUCCGCUAGUCAUGUCCACUUCUAGACCAAAAUGGCAGAGGAUACCGUCCAAGAGUGUCUUCUACUAUCGCUGUCCUGACCACGGCAACAAUUACGUUCUCUCCUUCGCCUUUGCUUUUGACAGAGAAGAAGACAUUUAUUACUUCUCCUACUGCUAUCCAUACACCUACUCAAGGCUCCAGCAGUAUCUGGAGAGGGUGGAUGCUCUCAACCUUCCCUACUGGAAGAGAGAGCUCCUCAGUCAGAGUGUGCAACAGCGAAGACUGGAUGUUGUCACCAUCAGCUCCCCACACAACUUGCAGACCGACUCUCACCAGAGAAUGGUGUUCAUCACGGCCAGAGUUCACCCAGGGGAAACCCCUGCCUCUUACGUCUGUCAGGGUACAGUAUACAGUUCUGUGCACACAGAUGAAGACAUUUUGUCAGGCAUUGAGGAGAGUGGCAUGAGGAAUUAUGUAUUACCACAGAAGUACUCUGACGUUCUUUUCUCGUGAUCUACAGGUUUGAUAGACUUUUUGCUGAGCAGUGAACCAGAGGCAAAAGUGCUGCGAGACAACAUUGUCUUCAAGAUAGGUCUGAUCGGCACAUAUAUACCCCGAUUGAUAUAUAGCUAUACUCUCGUUCUUUCAUACACCCAGUUCCCAUGCUGAAUCCUGAUGGAGUGUUUCUGGGAAACUACAGGUGUUCUCUGAUGGGAUUUGAUCUGAACAGACACUGGACUGAGCCUUCUCCCUGGGCCCACCCUACUCUUCAUGCAGCCAAGGAACUGGUGAUGCAGUAUGACAGAGACCCAAAUAUCAGCAUUGACUUCUACAUCGACAUACACGCCCAUUCCACCCUGACCAAUGGGUUCAUGAUCGGUAAUCUGUACGAAGAGGAGGAGAGACUAGAGCGACAAGCCAUUUUCCCCAGACUCCUCUCACACACACGCCCAAGACUUCUCCAUGAGGAAAACCUCUUUCAAUAGAGAUGUGGUGAAAUCUGGCACUGGCAGAAGGUUCCUCGGGGGCUGUUUAAACCCGGUAACCGCCUGUUACACCCUCGAGGUCUCCUUCUUCAGCUACUCCACUGCUGAAUCUCACACUCAGGCUCCGUACACUGAGUCCUCAUACCUGGAACUGGGGAGGAGCUGUGGCUAGAACAUUCCUCACCUACUACAAUCUGAGACACCUCCUGGCCACCAGGAAUAAGACCACUGCAGACUCCCACACUUCCAACACACUGACUCCUAGCUAGCUGUGAAUCCAAGACACACACCCCUACCAACAAUCAUUAACCUUUCUCCCUGCACCUGUAUGGUGAUCAGAUUUGCGCUUCGCACAAUGUUCGCUUCAUUAGCACUCUGUCUUUCUGAAAAUCGUCACCUCCAAGCACCUAUAAUUAUAUCUCAACUGCAUUGCACACACGUGGUGAAAUUUGGAGCACUAAACGUAACGUGUAUAUAGCCAUCCAGAUUGAGCAGAAUUAAAUACAGGCACAAUUGAUGAAAAGGCAAGAGAGAGGCGUGAGUGUUGAAAAGUUAUGGUUGCUGUUCUUUUUUCUUUGCCAAAAGUGACUGAAGUGCUCUCUGUCUCAGCUGCAGUUCAAUCGCCUUACUCUUGUCGACCUUUGCACCCUGCGAAACCUCCACAUCCUCCCGUCCCUCUUCCCCA